UGGAACGGAUGGACUAGCACCGUCUGCAUCGGCAGCUGCGAGCGGGAGAAGGGGAAAAAGAACCGCAUUCCGUUUUUUGGAUAAAAAACUAAGGUUUUCAAAAAAAUCUACCAAGAAGGAGGAUUACAACACCACUCCGGUAGUAUCCAAGCUGGACCUCGUGAAACGAAUCAAAGGCACCAGCUGACUGGGCCACAGGGAAUGGAGGGAACUGGUCUGGUCUGAGCUGAGCCUGUUGGCCCCAUUCCUGGAGAGAGGACUGCGCCCCCUGGUGGAGACGUUGCGACAAAAGCAGGAAGUGGAGACCAUGUUCUCACUCUGCCUGCCAACCCACCCUCUUUAGCCACCUGCACCCCCUGUCCCGGGACUUAAAAAAAUUAUUCAUUCCCAGGUUAAGACUUUCUGAAAUUUAGAUUUAUUCCCCUGCAUUCUAGAGAGCUGGAAUAGAGGAUCAGGCUUGGCUUAUAAACAGAGAGAGGGGAAAGCCACACCACGCCCCCUCGGCCCUCCCUUUCCUUAACUCGCUCUUUACUCCAUCAGACGCCCCCCAAUGGAGAGGCUAAGAAGGGAGUCAGGGUAAAGGUCAAAGGCCAGAGGUCAGAGAGCGCGCUGAGCCGGCAGAGUUUUGGGAUUGGAUCCUGUGAGGUGUUAACUCCCCAACCCCCCCAUCCCCAGACAACACCCUACCCCACCCCCACCCUACCACCACCACCCCCUGGAUUAUUCUUCAUUUAUGAGGCUGAACAUUAUCGGCUAGACCGGACAGAUAAUAGAGAAGGAAGUGCGGAGGAUAACCAGCAGCAGGAGAGGGAGCGGGUCGGGUCGGAAGAUGAGCAGGCGGUCAGCGGGGGGCCCGCUGUGGCCGCUGGUUCUGGCGGGUCUGGUGGCGGCAGCGGCAGCGCUGGAGUUCUCCGGGACCCCGGGCCAGUGGGCGCGGUACGGCCGCUGGGACGCCGGCUCCGGCGGGGAGCUCAGCUUCAGCAUGAAGACCAACGUCAGCAGGGCGCUGGUGCUGUACCUGGAUGACGGCGGGAACUGCGACUUCCUGGAGCUGCUGAUCGCCGGCGGCCGCCUGCAGCUACGCUUUGCCAUCCACUGCGCCGAGCCCGCCACCCUGCACAUGGAGACGCCGGUCAGCGACGAGCGCUGGCACAUGGUGCUGCUCACCCGCAACUACCGCGAGACCGCGCUGCUGGUGGACAGCGAGGCCAAGGUGGCGGAGGUCAAGUCCAAGCGGCGGGAGAUGGCGGUGGUGAGCGACCUGUUUGUGGGCGGUAUCCCGCCCGACGUGCGCCUCUCCGCCCUCACCUCCAGCACCGUCAAGUACGAGCCGCCCUACCUGGGCCUGAUCGCCAACCUGAAGGUGGGGGAGACCCCGCCCACCCUGCUCAACAGCCAGGGCGUCCAGAGCGACCUGGACUACCUGUGCACCAAGCAGAACCCCUGCCUGAACGGAGGCUUCUGCUCCGUCCAGCAGGGGGAGGUGCACUGCGACUGCUCCCUCACCCACUUCCAGGGGAAGUACUGCAGCGAAGCAGAGGAGCGUGUGGUUGAAGGUCUGGCGCACCUGAUGCUAAACAGCCAAGGUGACUCAUCACAGACUGGAAAGGAGGAGUCGGUGGCCACCUUCAAGGGAAACGAGUUCUUCUGCUACGACCUGUCGCUGACGCCCAUCCAGAGCAGCACGGACGAGAUCACCCUCUCCUUCCGCACCCUGCAGCGCAACGGCCUCAUGCUGCACACGGGCAAGUCGGCCGACUACGUCAACCUGUCGCUGAAGAGCGGCGCCGUCUGGCUGGUCAUCAACCUGGGCUCGGGGGCCUUCGAGGCGCUGGUGGAGCCCGUCAACGGCAAGUUCAACGACAACACCUGGCACGACGUGCGCGUCACCCGCAACCUGCGCCAGCACGCAGGAAUUGGACACGCUAUGGUCACCAUUUCGGUGGACGGGAUUUUGACCACCACGGGGUACACCCAGGAGGACUACACCAUGCUGGGCUCGGACGACUUCUUCUACAUCGGGGGGAGCCCCAACACAGCCGACCUGCCCGGGUCCCCCGUCAGCAACAACUUCAUGGGCUGCCUAAAAGACGUGGUGUACAAGAACAACGACUUCAAGCUGGAGCUGUCCCGGCUGGCCAUCGAGCGCGACCCGAAGAUCAGCCUGCACGGGGACCUGGUGUUCCGCUGCGAGGACGUGGCGGCCCUCGAUCCCGUCACCUUCGAGACGCCCGAGUCCUACAUCGCCCUGCCUCGCUGGAACACCAAGAAGACGGGCUCCAUCUCCUUCGACUUCCGCACCACCGAGCCCAGCGGCCUGCUGCUCUUCAGCCAUGGCCGGCUGCCGGGGCCCAAGGAGCAGCGGCCCGACAGGCAGCCCAAGGCCGACUACUUCGCCAUCGAGCUGCUGGACGGCUUCCUCUACCUGCUCAUGGACAUGGGCUCCGGCAGCAUCAAGAUGAAGGCCAGCAACAAGAAGGUCAACGAUGGGGAGUGGUGCCAUGUGGACUUCCAGAGGGAAGGCCGCAAAGGCUCCAUCUCGGUGAACAGCCGCAGCACCCCCUUCUUCUCCAAUGAGGGCAGCGAGAUCCUGGACCUGGACAGCGAUAUGUUCCUGGGGGGCCUGCCGGAGUCGCGGUCCGACCUGGUGAUGCCGCCCGAGGUGUGGACGGCACUGCUCAACUACGGCUACGUGGGCUGCGUGCGCGACCUCUUCAUCGACGGGAAGAGCCGCGACGUGCGGCGGCUGGCCGAGAUGCAGAGCGCCGCCAGCGUUAGCAGCUUCUGCACCCGCGAGCUGCAGAAGAAGUGCGCCAGCGCCCCCUGUGGCAACCGCGGGCAGUGCAGGGAGGGAUGGAACCGCUACAUCUGCGACUGCACCGGCACCGGUUAUCUGGGCCAGAACUGCGAGACCGAGGCCACGGUGCUGAGCUACGAUGGCAGUAUGUACCUGAAGAUCAUCAUGCCGGCCACCAUGCACACGGAGGCCGAGGACGUGGCGCUGCGCUUCAUGUCCCAGAGGGCCUAUGGCCUUCUCAUGGCCACCACCUCCAAGGAGUCCGCCGACACCCUGCGUCUGGAGCUCGACAGCGGGAGGGUCAAACUCACCGUCAAUCUAGACUGUAUCAGGAUAGACUGUAACCUCAGUAAGGGACCGGAGACGGUGUUCGCAGGACAGAAGCUGAACGACAACGAGUGGCACGCAGUGAAGGUGGUGCGCCGCGGGAAGAGCCUGCAGCUCUCUGUGGACAACGUGACCGUGGAAGGCCAGAUGACGGGAGCUCACACGCGGCUGGAGUUCCACAACAUCGAGACGGGUAUCAUGACGGAGCGCCGCUUCAUCUCGGUGGUGCCCUCCAACUUCAUCGGCCACCUGCAGGGCCUGUCGGUCAACGGCGUGCCCUACCUGGACCAGUGCAAGAACGGGGACAUCUCCUACUGCGAGCUCAACGCCCGCUUUGGCAUGCGCAACAUCAUCGCCGACCCCGUCACCUUCCGGAACCGGGCCAGCUACCUGGCGCUAGCCACCUUGCAGGCCUACGCUUCCAUGCACCUGUUCUUCCAGUUCAAGACCACCAGCACCGACGGCCUGCUGCUCUUCAACAGCGGCGACGGCAGCGACUUCAUCGUGGUGGAGCUGGUCAAAGGGUACAUCCACUACGUGUUUGACCUGGGGAACGGCCCAUCGCUCAUGAAGGGUAACUCUGACAAGCAGUUGAAUGACAACCAGUGGCACAACGUGGUGGUUUCCCGGGACGCCAACAACGUGCACACACUAAAGAUCGACUCCCGCACUGUCACCCAGCACUCCAAUGGCGCCCGCAACCUGGAUCUCAAAGGAGAGCUGUACAUCGGGGGAGUGGGGAAGAGCAUGUACAACAGCCUGCCCAAGCUCAUCGCGUCCCGGGAUGGCUACCAGGGCUGCCUGGCCUCGGUGGACCUGAACGGCAGAUUGCCGGACCUGAUCGCAGACGCCCUCCACAGGGUGGGGCAGGUGGAGAGGGGCUGUGACGGCCCCAGCACGACCUGUACAGAGGACUCCUGCUACAAUCUGGGGGUGUGUCUGCAGCAGUGGGAGGGCUUCUCCUGCGACUGUACCAUGACGUCCUACGGGGGUGCUUUCUGCAGUGACCCUGGGACCACAUACAUAUUCGGGAGAGGAGGAGCCCUCAUCACCUACACCUGGCCCCCGAACGACCGGCCGAGCACAAGGGCAGACCGGCUGGCGGUGGGCUUCAGCACGCAGCUGCGAGAGGCCAUCCUGGUGCGGGUGGAGAGUGCCUCAGGACUGGGAGACUACCUGCAGCUGCACAUAGAACGGGGAAAGAUCGGGGUGAUCUUCAACGUGGGGACGGAUGACAUCACCAUCGAGGAGCACGGCGUGAUGGUGAGCGACGGGAAGUACCAUGUGGUGCGCUUCACACGCAGCGGUGGCAAUGCCACACUCCAGGUGGACAACCAGCCCGUCAUUGAGCGCUACCCCAUAGGGAACUUUGAUAAUGAACGGCUGGCUAUUGCUAGACAGAGAAUCCCGUACAGAAUUGGUCGGGUAGUUGACGAAUGGCUACUCGACAAAGGGAGGCAGCUGACCAUCUUCAAUAGCCAGGCAUCGAUUAAAAUUGGGGGUCAGGACAGAGGCAGGCCGUUCCAGGGUCAGAUUUCUGGGCUCUACUACAACGGGCUGCAGGUGCUGAAGCUGGCGGCCGAGGGGGACCCCAACGUGCAGGUGGAGGGGAACCUGCGGCUGGUGGGGGACGUGCCCUCUGUCCUCACCACGGAAACCACCUCCGCCACCCCCCUGGCAGACAUGUCCACCACCAUCAUGGAGACCACCACCACCAUGGCAACCACCACCACCCGCAAACAGCGCUCGCCCACCAUGAGGGACAGCAUCACACAGAACACCGAUGACCUGCUGGUGGCGUCGGCCGAGUGUCCCAGCGAUGACGAGGACUUAGAGGAGUGUGAGCCGGGAACCGGAGGUGAAUUAGUGUUGCCCAUAAUUACAGUGGACUCCCUAGACCCCCCGUCCAUCGCCACCCGCUACCCCGUAAUCCCCCCUCCCCCCACCUUCCGCCCCUUCCUCACCCUGCUCGAGACCACCAAAGAGUCCCUGACGCUGGCCAACGGCCGCCCCCCCUGCCCCCUGGACCAGGAGGACUGUGAGGACCCCAUUGAGGUGUCGGCCUACGGCUCGGGGGAGAUGACAGAGUCCGAUGACGAGGAUUAUUACAAAAACUCCCCCCUCGUCACCGACAGGACUGUCCUCCCGCCUCCCCCCCCUGCGGCGGAGGGUGGGGUCCUAAAUCCCCGCGACCGCCACUUCUCCAAGCCCCCCCAGUCCCACCACCCCCUGGCCCCCUCCGCCCCGACUGCCAACCCCGACCAGCUCCCCCGCCACAACCCCGGCGGGGGGGGACACAUCCCUGCGGGCAAAAUGAACACCCGCGAUCAGGUGCUCCUGCCGCCCGCCCCACCCUCCUCCGGCCCAGACCUCGGCGGGCGGCACCGGCACACGCCCGGAAUAACCCACCCCCCCAAUUUCCACCAUCUGCCCACAGCCAACCCCACGGCCCCGGAGAGGGGCCCCCCAGGCGCGGUGGAGGUGAUCCGGGAGUCCAGCAGCACCACGGGCAUGGUGGUGGGCAUCGUGGCAGCCGCCGCCCUCUGCAUCCUUAUCCUCCUCUACGCCAUGUACAAGUACCGCAACCGCGACGAGGGAUCCUAUCAGGUGGACCAGACCCGCAACUACAUCAGCAACUCCGCCUCCCAGAGCAACGGUGCCGUUGUCAAGGAGAAGCAGCCCGGCGCCACCAAAACCGCCACCAAGAACAAGAAGAACAAAGACAAGGAGUACUACGUGUGAGAGGAGCCGGUGGGGGGUGAGGCGGGGAGGGAGGGGAGAGGAGAAGAGGGGCAGAGGCCAGGGGAGAGGGCUUUUUUUUAGGGAAUUCACUCCCACUUCAUCUUCCCGCUGUGUUUCACACAAACGUCAGUCCAAGCCCUGCCGCUGGGGCCUCAUGUCUUCUUUCUUCACCUCCAGCGCUCGCUGGCCUUCGUCCUCUCCCCUAUCGGCUCGAGCACACAGACGAGCAGAGUUACAAGCCUUCUCUCUUUCUCUUUUCUCCUGCCAGUUCUCUCUCUGUCUCUCUCUCUCUCUCUCUCUCUCUCCCUCUCCCUCUCUCUCUCUCUCUCUCUCUCUCUCUCUCCUUCAUUUUUAACCAUCGUGUCUGUUUUCCUGUCCUUAACCCUUUGCUUUCCAUUUCUCUGUUCCAUUUGUUCCAUUGAUCUUGUCUUAUUUUUCCUCCUGGGGGUGCAGGAAAAAAACAUCCCCUGUCAUGCUAACCGCGUUAUGUAGCCCUGACAGUCUCCUCGGCAGUCGGUGAGCUCGGCGGCGUUUAGCAGGGGGAGUGCGUGGGUGGAUUUGUGGCCCUGGCCCGGUGCACCUCCUCCUCAUUAGUGCACAAAGCACGCAGCGGAGAGUCAUCCCGGGCGCUGAGACGGCUAACAGCCGAUCCGCACCGCGGUGCCAGCACCACAGAGCCUGCCGAAACGAGAGGGCGCCGGAGGCACCGCGACUGACCCCGGGCUCACAGCACACACACAAGCAGUGAUUGGCAACACAGACGGUACAAAAUACAGGGGAAAACUGCUAGCGAGGAGCGCUGGGAGCUGCUAACGGUCAGCAACGCCGACCUGCCAGCCAUCCAAUCCUGUCUCUAGCCAGCCCCUGCCCCCCUCCUCUCUGCCCUUCUUUCUUCGGCUUUUUCUCUCCUCCCACCUUCCUCCCCCCUCUGCAAGUCGUGUAGCUGUCUCUCUCUCUCUCUCCCCUGCGGUGGUCAGGUGCGAAUGCCGCAUUGUUCCAAGCAUGUGAUACUCAAAAAAAUCCCUUCCAGAGAGGAACGAGAACGUUACGAUCAACCGAAGCAUACGGGAAACAAGCAGCAACAAGAGGCCGCAGUUCGGAGGGACGGUCACACACCUCGUUUGCGUGAUUUUUUUGAUUUUUGCAUUUGUUUCUGCUUUGGUCGGUUUGAUCUCACUCGUGCGUUUUGGAGCAACACAAUAUCAACCUUUUGUGUUCAGGAGGAUAUCAGAUCUCAGCAUUCAGAACUACACUAUCAAAAUAAAAACCGUACUAUGGUGGAAGACAUUGCUCUAUAUAAAUAUAUAUAUAUAUAUGUAUAGACCUUUUGGAAAUCCCUGGACUCUACUGAACGCUAUGGGGAGAUUGAAUUGAAGAUGUGUGUGUGUAUAUGUGUGUGUGCAUGUGUAUGUGUGUGUGUGUGUGUGUGUCUGCAUAUCAGGAAACAAACAUCAAGAACAUGGUGAGCUUAUCAGACUUGCCCUGUCCCUUUCCAUACACACACAUACACACACACGCACACACACACACACACACGCACACACACACUCACACACACACACGCACACACGCACACACACACUCAGUGAAAGAUAGCAGCCAUUUUACUUGAUACCCCAUUGAAGGAGAAAAACAGAGGAACUGAAAACAAAAGGAUUUUUUUUUUUUGCGAGUUGAAAGUCUUUUUUUGGAGAAUGAGUUAUUGGUGUUUCAGUGGGGGAAGUUGCUCUUGUCAUGUCCAGAUGUUGUCUUGCCUCUUACAACAAAGUUGAGGACAACUUGGAGGGACAGAGGAAGAGAGGGAAACGUCUCUGGAACGUAAAAAACAGACGUGUUUCCUUCCGAAUCAAGCGGAACUCUAGUAUUUCAAUUUUCUUGACUCAUAAACAAAAACUGUUCCAUGAAAAGACAAAAAAAAGAAACAUUGAAAAAAGUUUGUGAAAUGUCUAGAUAUUUGACUCUCAUCCCAUUACUGAGAAUACUGUGUUUUCCCUGUUACGCUUCCUGUUUGAGAAAAAAAAAGAAGAAAAUAAGACUGGGAAACUGCAAUUUCUAUGUUCUUUUUCUUAAUUGAGCAAUUUGUGAUUUGGGUUAAAAAAAAAACACACACAUACAUUUACCUUAAAUGGUUUCCUCCUCUACAGUGAGGGAAGAGAUUCUCUCCUCGGCACCGAGCUCCCUUUGCCAUGGUGAUCUUUUCUGUGUGAUUAUUUCUGUUCGGGCUCGUACGGGACAUGACUGAUUGUAUGUAAUUCCACUGGCAGCCCUGAGCGGGGUCAUUUUCAUACUCCUCUCCCCUUUUUGUUAGGGAUAUUAUUUUUAAUGAUAUUAUUUAUACAGGAACCGACGUGGCCUGGUAUCGAGAGGGUAGCUGUACACGUUCACCUUCUUAUUUUAUCUUCAUUACAUUGAUUUUAUUGAUUUAUUUUUAUAUAUUUUAACAGACUGUGCAAACAUUGGCUGCUCCCAGUAUAUUCCUGUUCUUACUAAAUGUUAUUGUAAGUUGUUACUGUGAGAUGAAUCUAAUUAUGUGUACAUUAACA